AUGGCGGCGUGCCCCGCCGCGACCACGGCUCGCGUGGGAGCAGCGCACGGAGGAGGCCUCUGGAGGAGAAGCGGGAGGAGCCCGAGCCUCCUCCCGCGCCCGGCCCGUGGCACGAGCACCACGGCGCGCGCCUCGGAGCUACAGCAGGCCCCCGCCCCCGCCCCCGCCCCGGCCGCCGCCGUCCCGACCCACAAGGUCACCGUCCACGACCGGGAGCGCGGGGUCGUCCACCAGUUCGUCGUGCCCCAGGACCAGUACAUUCUGCACACCGCGGAGGCACAGGACAUCACGCUCCCAUUCGCCUGCCGCCAUGGUUGCUGCACUAGCUGCGCUGUUAGGAUAAAAUCAGGGCAAAUAAGACAGCCUGAAGCUCUCGGAAUAUCUGCCGACUUAAGAGAGCAGGGCUAUGCUUUGUUAUGUGUUGGCUACCCAUCCUCUGAUCUUGAAGUUGAAACGCAAGAUGAAGACGAGGUAUAUUGGCUCCAGUUUGGAAGAUACUUUGCGCGGGGGCCUGUUGAUAGAGAUGAUUACGCGCUAGAGCUUGCAAUGGGAGACGAGUGA